CUUAUCCCUCGUCCAAUCCUCUCCUCUCUCAUCUCCCUCAAUACUCAAACUUCACCAUAAAAUUUCAAGAAACUCAUCACCAUCAAAACUCAACUCUUCUCUCAAGUCAAUCAACACCAUGUCCACUAUAGUGUAUCAGCAGAAUCAGGCCUCCAUCUACGAGCCUCACCUCUCCGAGACCACCCUAAAGCUGCGAGUCGCGGCGGCGCCGCCCCCAACAAACGCCGACCUCGGAGGCUGGGGAUUCCUCCAAAACAACUCCCAAGAAUCAUCAACCAUGAUCAACAGAGACUUCCCCUACACACACCCUUUAUCCAAGAACUCCAAAUUGAGCCCCCAAUCCCUCCAAUUAUGCACCGAGAAUUUGGGGAGCGAAUCCGGCUCCGACACCUUCUCCGACUGCAGCAGCAUUUUCUCCGCCUCCCCGCCGCCCAGCCCCACCGCCGCCCGAAUCCCGCCGCCGGCCGAUAAAUACUCCCGGAAGAUCAACAACUUCCCGCCGCCGCUCACCACAAUGAGCGGCGCGAGCUCGCUGCAGGUCCGCCGCCGCAGCGACGGCGGCCGCCUGAUCAUCGACGCGGUGGAGGGCCCCUUCCGGAACUCCUACCUCCACGCCGAGAGGACCGACGGCCGCCUCAAGCUCUCCUUCGCCGCCGCCGCCUGCAGCGACGGCGACGAAGAGGAAUGCGGCGCGGCGGAGGCGGCGGAGACGGAGACGGAGGCGGAGGAGGGGGAAAUUGAGGGGAAGGGGAACGGAUUUGAAUCGGAAUUGGGUGUGGAAAAGAAUGUGUUGGAGAGAAUUCAGAGUUUUAGAAGGUGCAACAGCCAUGGAAGCAAAGGAUUGUGCAGUAACUGGAAACCUUCAACGCUUUGGGUGGCAACUUCUUAAUUAAAUACUAAUUUUUUUUACUAAGAUUUUUUUGGAUCUAACAGAUUUUAAUUUUGUUAGAUCUUUUUUCUUGGGGUGGUUUGAGUUUUUUUUUUAAUUAAUUAUUUUCUUGAUUUUGGGUGGAUUGGAAUUAUGGGGUGUGGUUUUGGCAAUCAUUUGUUAUGAUUGGACGUUGGAGUUUGAACAUGAUCUUGCAUGUUUUUACCACCCUAAAAUCCCUCGACAAUUAAUGUGAUGUUAUUUACAUUUUUCA